AAGGAGAAGGUAUGGCCGCGACUGAAGUGAACAUGAGCGACGGCGAGCAGUUCUUCGAGGGUGUCGAAAAGCUCCUGGAAAUCUGGUUCACGACCGGCGACGGCAACGCCAAGACAGCGGAUCUACGCAAAAUACCAAGACACAACUUGGAGUCCCUGCUAAAAAUAGUGAGAUGCGAAAUUAUCAGUUUUGCCAAAAACGACCAAAUUGAUGCCUAUGUAUUAAGCGAAAGUUCCUUGUUCAUCUCCAAGCGCCGUUUCAUCCUGAAAACAUGCGGUACCACGAUCCCGCUGCUCUGCUUGGAACCUUUGUUGCACCUAGCGGAGCAGUUUGCUGGCUUCACCGAGGUGGAGGACCUGUUCUACUCGCGCAAAAAUUACCGAAGGCCGGAGCUGCAGGUGACCCCGCACAAGCACUUCGACCAAGAGGUGGCGCUGCUGGACUCGCUGUUCCCCGACGGCGCAGCGUACUGCUUGGGCGCCAUCAACAGAGACUGCUGGUUCCUCUACACGUUGAAUCCCGUGCCGCAGAGGAACCGCAGGCCCGCAUUGCCCCCCUUGGAGCCCGAUCAGACCCUGGAGAUCCUGAUGACCGACUUGGACCCGGAAAUUAUGUCCAUUUUUACCAGGGAGGAGUGCCUCAACGCCACCGAAGCUACAAAGAAAGCAGGCAUUGACAAGAUAAUCCCCAACAUGGUCAUAGAUGAUUUUUUGUUUGAACCAUGUGGGUAUUCCAUGAAUGGGGUCACAAAGAAUAUAAAUACAGAAAUAUCAAAUGGCUGCUACAUGACAAUUCAUAUAACCCCAGAAAAUGAAUUUUCCUAUGUUAGUUUUGAAACAAAUGUUCCAUCUAGUUCUUACAGGGACAUUAUUGACAAGGUGAUCGACACUUUUCUUCCGGGAAAGUUCACAGUCACCAUCUUCGCUAAUCAGACGUCGCCGGUGAAGAGCACCACAAAAGAGCUGAUCCACAUGAACGCCAUCGGCGAGUGGCUGAGACGCGACAUUCAGCAGUGCAACUUCAAAAACUACGAUUUGCUUUACGCCUUCUACUCCAAAUUCCCGAGCUGAGGGUGUCCACUGCAGCUGUGCUCAUGCGCAGCUAACCCCCUCCUCUCGUUGAUCCUCGACUCCUGCCCUCUACCCACCAUCCACCCCUUGUACUUUAUUUUCUACGACUCGAGCUUCGUUCGGAGCGUUUCGCAUCUUUUCGACGGCAAGCGACACGAUCCGCCCAAGCUGCUCUUGAUGCAGCUGCACGCGUACUGCGACAUGCUCACGGCGUGCUUAAAGCUGCACGGAACCUGUCCCGACUCGAGAAACUUCCUCGCCACCUUCUCCCCCCUCUCCUUCCUCUUCAUUUUCUUCGCUCUAUUCGCGCCGGUUUUCACGUUCACCGACUUCGAGUCGCCGCUGGUUUUAUUCUCCUGGUGGCGCGACAAAAUAUCGUGAAACUUAAAAAAGCGACUCUUAAAGUAGGUAGCGCAUAGUGAUAAUGUCCAACCACUUUGGGAGUGCCUGCAUGGUUUCUUUUUCGUUUUAAGUACCUUAGAAAGUGCGAGAGCACCGUCACCAAACCGUUGCAUCGAGGGGAUUUUACCGCGCACAGUGGACCUACCGAAUCCGAAAUUUGGGAAACGUCGCACUCUUGAGUACUUCUCAUCCCUCUAUUGAGUCGCCGAUAGAGGAAUGACCAGUAUUUAAAACGUAGCAGACGUGUCCACAAUGUUCUGUUCAAAAGGCAUGCAUCAAAAUACUGAUAUCGAAUUAUAGGGAAACGUUUUUGGAUGAUUUUAUAUUAUAGUACAAAUGAUUGUUUAACAAAGUGAUGAUUAGCCAAAGAUAUAAUAAUGGGCUGUGUUGUUUUGCGAAACACUGUAUCUUUUAAACCUUGACUUUCCACAUUUUAUAAACUGACACCUGGUUUUUAUCUGGAAUGUAAAAAUGAAUCGUUUGUCGGGUUUUAUCAAGAGUUAGUCCACUGUUAUAAUAAUUUGUCUACAUUAUAUGAAUCAGGGUUGGAAAAGGUCCACAAUUACUAUAAAAAAUACAUAUAAACUCUAUUAGUAGAUAUAGAAAUAUAUCAGAUAGUUUUAAAUAUUCCCGUUAUAUUUUUCAAUAGUCUACUUUAGUUGGGGAAUAAUAUACAUUUUUAUAUACAUGUGAAUAUAUAUUUCGGUAGAAUCUUUUAGUUGGAUGUAAUCAAAACGCAUGUGGUUAGUUUAAUUUAAUAUAAAUCUUAUCAAAUGUUAAUGUUUAAGAUGAAUAAAUAAAGUUACAUUUAAAAUUAGUAAUUUUUUUUAUUUAACAACAUCAAAAUAAAUUAUUAGCCUUAUAUCCGGUGGCCCCUAAAAAUGCCAACAAACACCUUGAAUACUGUUUCAAUACCACCACAGAAUAGACCCAAAACAGACCCCAAUUUAAAGUAGUAUAAAAAUAUAAACCAGUCGCACAAAACCCAAAAUAAGUCGAAGAACCUUUUCAAGAGGCACUAAAUGGGGGAACGUACCCUCCAAAUUGCUUCUCCAAGGCUCUCGCCACCGCGAUGGUUAAAUGGUCGUUGUGUGGAGCGGAAACCACCUGCACUCCCAGAGGUAAACCUUGACUGUCGAGUCCCAAUGGUACCUGGGUCACAGGGAACUUGAGCACGUUGAAAAUAGAGAACAAAUUGAAAUUGUACGGACGCAGAAGAGCUGUGUGGUGAUAGCUGGCCGUGAAUGGGGCCGAAGGAAAGAUUAGCACCCCCUUAUCGCCGAGUUUGUC